UUCGGUUCAUCAGUCAAUUCACCAAGCUCAUCCAGUGCCCUUGCUUAAGUGUCGCAGAGUUACCUCCUUAAACAAACUUUUUAAAGAUGAACUCGUUUGGAACAGCUUGCUUGGCCGCUUUGUGCUUGUUUGCCAUCGUUUCCACUGGAAAUGGGUUCCCACAGGAGUCCGCUGACCAAGUUCAGUCAUACGCCAAUAAUUUGUUUGACGAACUCCCCGAGCAGUCGUACCAAGCCGCCGCGGAGAAUCUCCGCCUGAAGCGGGCCACCUGCGACCUGCUGAGUGGACUUGGCGUCAACGAUAGUGCCUGCGCGGCGCACUGUAUUGCCCGAGGGAACCGUGGCGGUUACUGCAACUCCAAGAAGGUCUGCGUCUGCCGUAAAUGAGUGUUUGGAGUCGGUGGCAUACUUGAGGAUUGUAAAAGUGGAAAUGCUUGUUAAUUACAAGGGUUUUUAGCGAGCAGCUUCAAGUGGUUCCACGAGACAUUGUUGAUUAAUAAAUAGUGAUUGGCCUA